AGAGAAGAGCAGAAAGUAUAAAUACCCCCGAUGUGUCCAGAUUGCAGCGGUGCUGGUGAGUGGUACAAGAAGACUUAGCUUGGUUAGGGAAUUCAAAACGACAACUCAGACAGACUGAAAUUAAAUACCAGACAUACUUUGACCAAGACUGGUUUACAGCACUGGAAACAAAUCACUUUAAUUUGAAAAGAUUUGAUUUGAGAAGAUCCCCCUUCGAUUGGAGACGACGCGCCACUUACCAGAGAGAUAACGGACAUACAUUGUAAUAAACUCUUUAUUUUCUAUCACUCGAGUGCAAUUUCCAUUGCAGAAGAUGUGUUCAACUGUGUGUUUAAUAUUUUCACUCCUGUGCGUAACGAACGCGGCACUUUCCACUCCAUUUGAAUCAGAGGAUAUUGUACCUGUUCGGAUAAAUGGAAGACUCAGCGGUCGUUUUUGGAAAAGAAGCGAGGAGCUGCCGAGAUUUAGCCUCAGUGCAUUUGGCAAGGACUUGACUCUAAACCUCAUUCCAGAUACCAGCUUUCUCGCGCCUUCCUUCACCAUCCAGCGCAUCAAAGCCAAAGAUGUUGGCGCUUUACGCAGCGCUUCAGGUGCCCAACCUGUCGCCAAUCUCCAGAAUUUUAUGAACCAGACGGACGAGAGUGAAGGACAGCUCAGGAGCUGCUUUUACUCUGGGAACGUAGAUGACGACCAGAACUCUGUUGUGUCUGUCAGUUUGUGCUCUGGUAUCUUUGGCUCCUUCAUAACGGAGGGAAAAGAGUAUUUAAUUGAGCCCAAAUUUCGUGGCGGUCCGGGGCCAGACUCUGCAGAGCAGCUGCAUGUCAUCAAGAGGAGGACAUUCACCAAAAGCCACGGUGUUCCCCUCCUGUUUGAUCACGCAGCGGCGGAGAGCCGAGUGGAGAAGCACAAUGGGGAAAGUUUUACGCACGGCGACAGUGACGCACAGAGGGAACCACCUCGCCGGAGACGCUUUGUUUCCGCGCCACGGUUCAUAGAGACCCUGGUGGUAGCAGAUUCAACCAUGACCCACUUCUAUGGAGAUGAAAUAAAGCACUACAUUCUGACCCUGAUGUCGAUGGCCGCCCAGCUUUAUAAACACCCCAGCAUAAAGAACUCAGUAAACAUGGUGUUAGUAAAGAUGUUGGUGGUGGAAGAUGAGGAGGUCGGCCCCGAGGUCUCCAGCAACGGAGGUGUGGCUCUGAGGAACUUCUGCUCCUGGCAGCAGCUCUUUAACCCACCAAGCCAGAGGCAUCCAGAGCACUAUGACACUGCUAUGCUCUUCACCAGAGAGGACAUCUGCGGUCAGAAGAGCUGCGACACGCUUGGUGUGGCCGAUGUUGGGACGAUGUGCGACCCCAAGAGAAGCUGCUCGGUUAUCGAGGACAACGGGCUGCAAGCUGCCUUCACAGCUGCACACGAGCUUGGUCAUGUGUUGAGCAUGCCUCAUGAUGACUCCAAGACCUGUGAGAGACUGUUUGGAGAUCUGGGAGGACAUUACCUGAUGGCGCCGCUGUUUGUGAGCCUCAACAAGAGUGCGCCUUGGUCUCCCUGCAGCGCUCUCUACAUCACAGAGUUCUUUGACAACGGACAUGGGGACUGCCUGCUGGAUGUACCAGAAAGUACCCUGCCGUUACCAAGAGAGCUGCCUGGCACCAAGUACAGCCUGGACCAGCAGUGCCAGCAGAUUUUUGGAGAAGAGUUUGUCCACUGCCCCAACACCUCAGACAGUGAUGUUUGCAGCAAGCUGUGGUGUCGUGAAGACGGGACACAGCAGUGCUCCACCAAGAACGGCAGCUUUCCCUGGGCUGAUGGCACCCCAUGUAGUCUCAACGGGACCUGUCUCCACGGAGAGUGCAUGUUGACUGAGGAAGUGAUGAAGCCGCCGGUGGUUGUGGACGGUGGCUGGAGCUCGUGGGGACCGUGGCAACAGUGCUCCAGAACAUGUGGAGGUGGGGUGGAGUUCUCCUAUAGGGAGUGCACUGACCCUGUGCCUCAGAACGGAGGGAAGUACUGUGAGGGACAGAGAGUUCAGUACCAAUCCUGCAACACGCAGCCAUGUGACAACACAGAAGGAAAGAGUUUCAGAGAGGAGCAGUGUGAGAAGUACAACAGCCCCAACUACCUGGACUACAAUGGGAAUAUGAAACAGUGGAUACCAAAGUACGCUGGUGUUUCUCCCAGAGACAGGUGUAAACUGUUCUGCAGGGCCAGAGGCAGCAGUGAAUUUAAGGUGUUUGAGUCUAAGGUGAUUGAUGGGACGACCUGUGGCCCCGACACCACAUCUGUGUGUGUCCAAGGCCAGUGUGUGAAGGCAGGCUGCGACCAGGUGAUUGGAUCCAACAAGAGAGUGGAUAAGUGUGGCGUGUGUGGAGGAAGCGGGCUCACCUGUAGAAAGAUUACCGGCUCCUACAAUAAAGCAAUCUAUGGAUAUAGUGACAUUGUCACAAUUCCUGUUGCCGCUACUAACAUUGACAUCAAACAGCGGAGCCACAGAGGAAUCAAACAUGAUGGGAACUACCUGGCUAUAAAGAGAGAGAGUGGCGGUUACAUCCUCAAUGGUAACUUCUCUGUUUCCACGGUUGAGCAGGACAUUCCUGUUUUGGGUGCUGUGUUGAAAUACAGUGGCUCGUCCACCACACUGGAGAGGAUCCAGAGCUUCAGGCAGCUGAAGGAGGCCAUCACCAUCCAACUCCUGGCCACAGCAGGAGAUGCCAACCCUCCCAAGGUCAAAUAUACCUUUUUCAUCCCUAAAGAUUUGACCUUUAACAAAUCCAAGGAGAAGAAGGGUCCAUCACCAUCUUUGCAUGUCAUCCAUCCAUUUGGUGUGCCUGACUGGGUGCUGGGGGAGUGGUCUGAGUGCUCCAAAAGCUGUGGGUCCGGAUGGUCCAGGAGGAAUGUUGAAUGCCGUGACAAUGCAGGCUUCCUCUCCAGCCAGUGUGACAAAGACCUGAAGCCCACAGACAUCAGGCCUUGUGGGGAUCUGCCAUGCCCCAUAUGGCAAAUGGGACCGUGGUCCACCUGCUCACGAACUUGUGGCCAGGGGGAGCGCCGUCGCAGCAUCUUCUGCAUAGACUACACUGGGAAGACUGUUGAGCCAGAGAAGUGUGAUCCAAGCAAAAUCCCAGAGCCUGUCUCCGGAGAAUGUCUCGAACGAGAGUGCUUAUGAGAAAUAUGAGUAUAGUGAACUUUCCCUUUUUGGUCUGAUUGUACUUACCAACCAUGGAUCGAUUACUGAAUGGGCACAAUAGGCACAGACCCAGGGGCCCAAGGGGUCAGGCAGCAGAGGCACAAAAUGAUCACAAAGAGACACAAAUGGACACAAAUGACUUUGGACACAAAACUACUACAAAGAGACUUAAAAUGACCGCAAACAUACACAAACAACCUCAAAGAGACACAAAAGAGUAUAAAGGAAUGCAGACAUUGACCAGAAAGAUACACAAAUGACUUCAAAGGGACACAAAGCUACUACAAAGAGACUCAAAAUGACCACAGAAAGACAUAAACUGACCACAAAGAGACACUAGUGAUUUCAAAGAGACAUAAACAACUACAAAAAGACAAAACUAUUACAAAAAGACACAAAAUGACUACAAAGGAGUGCAAAUAACAAAAUGAAUACAGAACGUUGCAAUCAGCUAAAAACAACAUCUCUAAGCUGUUUAUGUGUCUCUGAGAUUCUGAAAGUUCUGCUUCAGCUGCCAAACACUGUUCAAUUGCAUCACAUUGUUUUGUGUCUCUUUCAGUCUGGGGGUCUGGCUUCUAUGUAGGAGGGGUGGGGCCGCGUUUCACAUGUCUGUGCCCAGGGGCCCAUUGCCUUAUAAUCUGUCCAUAUUACCAACUGGUCGCAUAAGUCACAUCAUGGGCAUUUGCCUAAAUAUUGUUCUGUCAUCUUUUGUUGACAUUUGACAACCACUAUUGAGAAUUGAAACAAUGGAAAUCUACCUCAGGAUGUACAUGUGAUGCCAUGUAUAGAUGCUAGAUGAAGGUGCUGUGUGUGUGUUUUCUCCAGAAAGAGAAGUUUUCUAGUCCCACUUCAAACUAACUUUUUGGAUGAAGUCUGAUAUAAUCUGUCUUUUUAAGUUAGCUGUCAAUGAAAGUGGGGCAAGAACAAUGGCAUGAAACCUGCUGUCAAACACCGGCACAGUGUAAAUAUACCUCCAAAUGUCCUCCACAGAACUCAAACCCCGAUAAAGCUUUGAUCGAGCCGUUUACCUAUUAUUGAGGUAGGUACAUACGAUUGAUGCAUUGGGACUUUAAGCCUCUGGGAAAUGUGUUCUUGUUUGAUUGCUUCUCUUUUCUACACACAUACCAAAAUGUGAUUUGUGUUAAUAGUUGUGAUGAUGAUGUCAUGUUUUAAUCCUGAACUUUAGCAUUGUUGAACUAUGGGAAAACCAAGCAGUAAUGUUAAGUCUGACAAUAUUUUGGACUAGUUAGAACCUACAUGAGAACAGAUUGUUUCUAUACCAAACCAGAUGCAUAGAUUUUAUAGACAUUAAUAGAAUUUGAGUUUACACGGUGUGUAAAAGAAACUGGCCUCGAUAAUGACCAGAAAAACCCAUGACAGAGAAUUUCCCUCUGCCCUGUAGAUUAGUUUUUUUUUUUAACUUUUCCUGGGUGCAUCAUAUUGCAGUUGAGAGGAACAGUGGUACAAAAAAAUCUCCAAUGGAACAAAUGUUACUUUGGAGUUAACUGAUAAGCAUACUAUCUAUCAUGUAUAUGAAAAAUAACAUUAAUUUUUUUCAUUUCCAGACUUUUAUUUGUUAAUGCAUCAUAUGCAAACACUCACAGUUGUUUUUUAGACUUUUGUAUGUAUAUUUGUUUUCUUCAUUCCUGUUGUUAAUUUACAGUAUGUUAUAAAGCAAAAGAGAUGGAGCAUUAGGCCUAUAUCCCUUCAGUGAAGGACCAUACUAUUUUAUUAUUACAGCUUCCUUUUUAAGCUAUUUAUUUUUGUAAAGUUUUUACCUUGGACAUGUAAUUAACAUGGCAGAUGCUGCUGUCUUUGAGAUUUUUGUCUAUAAAAAUGGUCAAAUAAACAC